AUGCGUUUUCAUUACGCUAUAGGAGUCAUUUUUAUACUUAUUGCAUCGUUUUAUGUUUUUGUCAGUCAUCGUCUACUCAACAGUAUCUUUCAAUAUGUCGAUAACCUGAGUCCUUCGCCGAUACAACUGAAUUUUCAUACAGAUCAUUAUGAAACAGAAGAUAUUGACAACAGCUAUAACAUUUCGAAUUAUGAACAGCAAUGUCCACAGCAUCGAUACACUAUCCGAAUUAUUGAAAAGAAUCCAUUAGUAAUUUAUAUCGAAAAUUUUCUCACCGAAUUCGAAAUCCAACAUAUAAUCGAACUAACAGAGCCAGUUUUUCGACCUUCAACCUUCUACGACGAUGAUGGUAAACCAUCCUAUGGACAAUAUCGCACAUCGAGCACGACGACUAUCAAACGGCAUCGAACUCCUGUUAUUAAAUGUAUUGAACAACGGUUCGCUCAGUUUCAAGGAAAUAUCGACAUUGACCGUAUCGAACCAUUACAGGUUGUGAAAUAUACACAUGAACAACAAUUCAAAGCUCACUAUGAUUGGUUUUCGCAGGGAGAUUUGACGGAGAACGGUGGUCAACGGAUAUCGACAUUCUUUACAUAUCUUCGAGCAAAUUGCACACUUGGUGAAACCGAAUUCCUUGAUAUACCAUUUAAUCUGUCAUUACACGAACGAUUUUGUGAUAUCUUAAUCUGUGAUGCAAAAUCGCUGGAAUCAGACAUACGAUUUCGUCCCAUUGUCAGUAAUAGUGUCUUCUGGUUUAACGUUGACGAACAAGGAGAAGUUGACUAUUUGACAUAUCACGCAGGCCGUCCACCAGGUGAAAACGGUCAGAAGAUCGGAUUGAACACAUGGACACAUGAACAUAUCUUUUCCCCGUCUUCAAAAAAUGCAUGA